AAUGUCUCGGCCUUGGCCAUCAGCCUGUCACUCUCACUGGCCACCAUGCUGGGCUCAGGGCUGCUCCUGGUGGCCAUGCUGGUCUGCCUGAGUGUCAUGGUCUUGAUGUCUGUCUGGCAGCAGAAAUCCAGGGGGAAACUCCCUCCAGGACCCACUCCUCUGCCUUUCAUUGGGAAUUACCUGCAGCUGAAUACAAAAGACAUCUACAGCUCCAUCACAGAGCUCAGUGAGCGCUACGGCCCGGUGUUCACCAUCCAUCUUGGGCCUCGCCGGGUCGUUGUGCUCUACGGAUACAAUGCGGUCAAAGAGGCUUUGGUGGACCAAGCCGAAGAGUUCAGCGGACGAGGCGAACAGGCCACCUAUAACACACUCUUCAAAGGCUACGGUGUGACCUUCAGCAAUGGGGAAAGAGCCAAACACCUGAGGCGCUUCACCAUAGCCACACUGAGAGAUUUUGGCGUGGGCAAGCGUGGUGUGGAGGAGCGCAUCCAGGAGGAGGCAGGCUGCUUGAUCAAGAUGUUGCAGACCACGCGUGGAGCCCCCAUUGACCCCACCUUCUACCUGAGCAAAACAGCCUCCAAUGUCAUUAGCUCCAUCAUCUUCGGGGACCGCUUCGGCUUUGAGGAUACAGAGUUCCUGUCCCUGCUGCGGAUGAUGAACCAGAUGAACAGAUUUGCAGCUUCCCCUACAGGGCAGCUCUAUGACAUGUUCCAUUCAGUGAUGAGGUACCUGCCUGGACCACAGCAGCAGGUCAUCAAGGAUGCGCAGGAGCUGGAGGAAUUCAUGAUAAGGAAAGUGGAGGAAUACCAGCGCACCCUGGACGCCAACUCCCCGCGGAACUUCAUCGACUCCUUUCUCAUCCACAUGCAGGAGGAGAAGAAAGACCUCAGUUCAGAGUUCCACAUGAGGAACCUGGUGAUGACAUCGCUAAGCCUGUUCUUUGCUGGGUCUGAGACUGUCAGCUCCACACUGCGCUAUGGCUUCCUGCUGCUCAUGAAGCACCCGGAUGUGGAGGCCAAGGUCCACGAGGAGAUCGACCGCGUGAUUGGCAGGAACCGGCAGCCGCAGUACGAGGACCGCAUGAAGAUGCCCUACACCGAGGCUGUCAUCCACGAGAUCCAGAGAUUUUCUAACUUUGCUCCCUUGGGCAUUCCUCGAAGGAUUACCAAGAACACCACCUUCCGUGGCUUCCUCCUCCCCAAGGGCACAGAAGUGUUCCCUAUACUGGGUUCUCUGAUGACAGACCCAAAGUUCUUCCCUGGCCCUAAAGAUUUCAACCCCCAGCACUUCCUGGAUGACAAGGGACUGCUGAAGAAGAACGCUGCUUUCCUGCCUUUUUCAGCAGGGAAGCGAUUCUGCUUGGGAGACGGCCUGGCUAAGAUGGAGCUCUUCCUCUUCCUCACCACCAUCUUGCAGAACUUCCGUUUUAAGUUCCCAGGGAAACUUGAAGACAUCGACGAGUCCCCCAAGCCCUUGGGAUUUACCAGGAUCAUUCCAAGCUACACCAUGAGCUUCCUGCCCAUCUGAUUCUGGGUUGAACCAAGGUG